AGUACGGUGUAAUUCAAACAAACGUCAACCACACGUGUGUAAACAAAUUCAGUUCAAAAUAAAAACCUCGCGUUUCUACAGUGAAGUCAUAAUGCCCACGCAUCGUUUAUUCGUGGGUAACAUUCCCGCUGGAACCGGUGAGGAUGAGUUGAAGCAAGAAUUCUCGGCCUACGGGCCGGUUAUGGCAAUCGACCUCAAAACCAAACCCAACCCCUUGAACAACUCGGUGGACACUUUUGCCUUCGUAAACGUGCAGCUGGAUGAACGGACCCUGUGGCAGUGCAUCAACGAGUUCCGCCAGCAGCAGUACAAGGGUGUCUAUCUGAAUGUUUCGAAAGCUAAGGAGUCUUUCUUGGAUCGCUUGAAAAGGGAGCGAGAGGAAGCGGAAGUGAGCAAGCAAACAAGCGAAGUUCUGAAUCCUUACAAGAAAGUGGAGGAGGUAAAACCCAUAAAGAAGGUUUCCGAACCGCUUCCGGUGCUGCCAACAAUUCAGAAGGAAGUAGAAAGUUCCAGCUCUGAAUCAGAGGAAGAAGAAGAAGCUCCUGCUCCAGUUCCUGUGUGGAGGCCAACAGUUCCGGCCAAGAAACCUUCCGAUGGGGAUGGUGAUCAGCUUGUGAGGAAAUGGAAUCAGGAAACCUACAUCGAGCAUGGGAAGCUGAAAAUCGUUCCUAUCACUGGUCAGGUGAAGGAAGUUAUCGAUAAGAGCAAAAAUCGGAAUCAGCAACAGGAGAAACAGUUGGAUGAAAAAGCACGUUUGGCUGAUGAAAAACGGAAGCAGGGUUUGUCCAAACUGCAGAAUGUCUACGAGCAGCAGAAGUCGCUCAUCCAGGCGGCAUUGGCCAAAGGCGAGGCCAACAAACGGAAGAAAAUUGUGUUCGAAGAUGAGGAUGAUGACACGGCGGCCAAGAAAUCGAAACUGUCGCUGUUCGAUGACGAAGAAGGAGAGGAUGGAUUCAAGGCGAAUUUCACCGUGAGGAAACAGCUCGCUGAAAACACGGAGAAAGGCCAACGAUUGUUCGACAUGCAAACGCAGUUUCACGGCGAUACCCGAUUCAAGCUGGAUGAGCGCUUUCUGGCAGAUGACGGAUCGGCAGCCGGUCGAAAGAAGAAAAGGAUACUCGAACGGGAGACAGCUGUCCUGGAUAAAAGUGGCGACAAAGUAAGCAACCAGGAGCGCAAAAAGCAGUUGGAAAUCCUUUCGAAGGUUACCGGAAAGGACAUUUACGAUCGCGAGCAGUUCAAGAAGGAUGAAGCCGGCACAAAAGGUUUGCAGCGUUUCGAUCCUUCGGUGAAGAAGGAACCGCCGAAGCAGGAAUUGAAGAAAGCUGUGAAAGAACCGUCUGAAGAGGACAUUUUGGCAGCGAAACGGGCAGAGCGCCCCGAAGAGGUGUUCCAAGUGACGGAGGAGAAAUUCUUCAAGGUUUCAGAUAACUUGUCGCAGGCCAUCGGAGCUUCUUCUGGGGGAUUCAGCUUACUGUCGAUGUUUGGAUCCGCUUCUGGGAAAGAAGAGAAAGCAGAUGACGAGGAGGAAGAGGAAAUCGAUCAAGACAAACCGAUGUACAGCGAUGCUCGAUUCAAAUACGAAUCAUCGGCGAGUGAAGAUGAAGACGAACAACCGGAACAACCAGAUGAACCAAAGCAGGAAGAACAGGAAACCGUUCAAGUGGUACCGCAAGAGGACGAAUCGAAGAAGAAAAAGAAAGGUGGAUACUAUUCCAAGCAGGGUAUCUGGAAGGAGGGUUUGUUUUUCCAACCAAAUGACGCACGAUUCGAAGAGGGUAGAAAGUUUUUCACGGAAUUUGUCAGCUCUGGUGCUGCUAAAGACAUACCCCGCAAGGACGAAUGGGCCAAGGAUAUAAGGAAGAUUUACAAGAAACGUAGGAAUCGCGAAACAAAGAUCGUAAACCAGAUGAGGGCGAGACGAGGUUUGAAGUUGAUGAAAGGUAAGCGGAAAUAGAGAUUUUGAUUGCUUAUUGUUACAGAA